AUGAUAGCGGGCAUCCUUGUCUUUGAGAGUAAAUAUACCUUUACCCUUAAUACACUAUUAAAUGUGAAGUUAAGUGAGACAGAAAAUGGCAAGUUCGUCUCUAUAUUGGAUCUACCUGGCAACAUUCUUAUCAUUCCUCAAGCCACUCUUGGGGGGAAGGUGAAAGGAAGAAACAUGCAAUAUCACUCUAACUCUGGAAAAGAAGAAGGGUUAGAACUUUAUUCCCAGUUUGUGACUCUAUGUGAAAAAGAAAUAGCUGCUAACAGCAAGUGUGCUGAAGCUGGAGUUGUGGUGGAACACGGCACUUACGGGAACAGGCAGGUGUUAAAGCUGGAUACCAAUGGACCAUACACACACCUAAUUGAGUUUUGA